AUGGCUUCUAUGUUCAAAGCUGUCUCACACCCACUUUUCCUUAUCUUGAUUCUUUUCUCUGCCUCCCAAUUUUUGGUCAUCAAUGGUGCUCAAUUUGAAGUUGGAGGUAAAGUUGGUUGGGUUGUCCCUAACUCAAAGGACAAAGAUGAAAUGUAUAACCAAUGGGCUUCCCAAAAUAGAUUCAAAAUUGAUGACACCAUUCAUUUCAAGUACGAGAAAGACUCGGUGAUGGUGGUGAGUGAAGAAGAAUAUGAAAAAUGCAAAUCCGCUCGUCCACUCUUUUUCGGCAACAAUGGCGACACGGUUUUCAAAUUUGAGCGACCGGGAUUGUUCUACUUCAUUAGUGGUGUUAGUGGUCAUUGUACAAGAGGACAGAAAAUGAUCAUCAAGGUUUUGGACAUUGAACCAGAAGAACAAGAACCAAUUACAGCACCCUCACCACAAUCUUCAAAUGAGAAUGCACCAACAAUACAUUCUAAAGCUGCUCAAAUAACUCCUAUUACUAUCACAAUAUCCACACUCUUUGCUUUGUUGAGUUUUUAG